GAGACUAUGUGCGUCAUUUGUCAGCGACGGAAGUUGGCUGAGACCAAGACCAGCGAGGUUUUGUUUGGAAACGCCGAGUGAGAAUUUUCUCAGUGUUUCCCAGAAACUUAAAAUGGACACUCAGAAGGACGUUCAACCUCCAAAGCAGCAGCCAAUGAUAUAUAUCUGUGGAGAAUGUCACACAGAAAAUGAAAUUAAAUCCAGGGAUCCAAUCAGAUGUAGAGAAUGUGGAUACAGAAUAAUGUACAAGAAAAGAACUAAAAGAUUGGUGGUUUUUGAUGCUCGAUGAAACACGGAAAUUCAGAGAAGUGUCUUCAGUGGUACUUGGAUUUGCCCUUAAUGUUUCUCGUUGUAUAGCUUUUGAUUUAACACACUUAUGAAUACAACUGUGUUCAUAUUUCAUUUUCAAAACCAAACUGUAGUAAGAUGUAUAAUUUGUAUGAAGAAUUUUUUCAUUCAAUUAUAUGACUUAUUUAAUUUUAUCACAUGUAAUCUGACAUAUAAUAAAGGUUAAAAU